AUGAAGCAUCACCUGAAAAGAAUUAUUGGAGACACGAAGUUAACAUAUGAAGAAGUGAGCACAGUGCUGUCUCAGAUUGAAGCGGUUCUAAAUUCAAGGCCUUUACACGAACUCAGUAGCAGCACGGAAGAUGUCGACACAAUAACACCAGGCCACUUCUUAAUUGGGCGACCAUUGUUAGAAGCUCCGGCGAAAAGCGAUGAAGGAGACUUGGGAUGCGUUAACCGGUGGAAAUUAAUACAACGAAUAAAAAAUCAUUUUUGGAGAAAGUGGAAGGAAGAAUAUUUAACAUCCUUGCAAAAUCGAACAAAAUGGAGAAAGAAAGAGCGGAAUUUAGAGGUUGGACAAAUGGUGAUACUACGAAAUGAGGAUACUCACCCAGCUCGGUGGCCACUAGCAAAAGUCACAGAAGUACAUACGGGCAAAGAUGGAGUGGUAAGAGUGGUGACGGUUAAGACACAAAGUGGGGAAUUGAAGAGACCGGUCCAUAAGUUAUGCCCGCUAGAGCACGAAGAUGAAAGAUUGGAGGAGAAGAAUAUGGAAAACUUGCAGCGGAAAAAUGCGCAGUUAAGCACGACUAGGCGAUUACCAAGUAUACUGGGAAAUCCCACAAUGAUGAUGAUUAUGUUGGUAAACAUUUGUAUGUUGAUGCCGACUAAAGCUACGUUUGUGCACGAGCUGAACAGUUCCACGGCAAUGUACUUGGAUCCGAUAUCACAGACCCAUAUGUCAUCAUCUUCAUGGAAUAUGGUCAUAUAUUUCGAAAUGCGAAGUUAUUUGGAUGCUUUGGAGCUUGCAGCAAGAUUACUGGACAAAUCAAAAGAAAUAUGUCCGAGACUCCAAACAUUUUAA